AGAAGAUAUUAGGCAUUUCGCACUGUUCCUGACAACUGCUCUUCUUUUCUGCACUCCUAAAACCUCUGAUUUGUGCUCUCUGCUUUCUUGUUGCCAUGGAGAAGGUCCAACACAUAACCCGCUCUGCUCUACGGAGAGCCUCAACUGUUGAGGUCAACCCACAAGCACGCCAAAGGUUCCAAGAGCUCUUUGUGAAUUUCUGCCUGAUUUUAAUUUGCCUCUUGCUGAUCUGUAUCAUUGUGAUGCUUCUCUGAAGUCCCAGCACUCCUCUGCACUGUCCUCUACGAAAAUCAUCCGGGGGGAAGAGAGACGUACACCUGCAACUCCCAACACAAGGAUCCUCAU